CUCUCUCUUCCAUCGUUUUGCAAGUUAGCGUCUCCUCCGUCUUGCACCAGCUUCCGCCACCGUCGCCGUCGCCGUCGCCGUCUACCUCCGCCGCAUCCAUGCCAACGCCGUACGCUUCUUCUGCCAAGGGCCUGUCGUCCUCCGAUCCGAUCCUCGACCGCCUCGCCUCCUCCGAUGGCGCGGUGAAAUUCAGAGCCAUCCGCGAGGUGAAGAACCACAUAAUUGGAAACCGAACAAAGAAGCUCUCCUACAUCAAGCUCGGCGCCGUCCCCGCUGUUGCCGCCGCGCUCGCUGACUCCAACCCCAACCUCAUUGUCCAGUCUGCCGCCGCGCUCGGAAGCUUCGCCUGCGGCGUAGAUGCCGGCGUCCGUGCCGUACUUGACGCCGGAGCUUUUCCGCGCUUGAUCGGACUCCUCUCCGCUCCCGACGAGAAGGUUCUGGAUGCUGCAGCUCGUUCUUUACGAAUGAUUUAUCAAUCAAAACUAGCUCCAAAGUAUGAUUUUUUUCAAGAGGAAAACAUGCAAUUUCUUCUUUCAUUAUUGAAAAGUGAGAAUGAAAAUCUUACUGGGCUAGGUGCAGGCAUUGUUAUUCAUUCUUGCAAGACAAAUGGGGAACAAAAUAUAUUAUGCCACGCUGGUGUUUUAGAGAAACUCACUAGUCUUCUUGAUGGUUCUCUAAGUCAGCGAGAUGCUAGUCUAGAGUCAUUAGCUGCAAUUAUUAGAGACAACCCAACAGCUGUCUCUAACUUUGUUGAACUUCGCUGUGGAAGAGCUUUACAUUCUGUUACUGAAUUAACUAAAGACAAAUAUCCUCGAACAAGACUACUAGCCUGCUUGUGCUUGAUUUCUGUGAAGAAUUCUUCGACAUGCUAUCUCCAAGAUAUAGGAAUCAAAACCAAAUUGGUCUACAUUUUGCUUGAGCUCCUUGAUGAUUCUGGUCAAGUUGGGGAUGAAGCUUCUUUUGCUUUCUCAAGUUUAAUUGCAGAGAAGGAAGAUUUGCAGAAGUUAGCGUUUGAGGCAAAUGCUAUUAAUAAGUUCAACUGCCUUUUACAAAAGCAUCCCAUACAACCUAAAAGGCUUGAAGGGGUACUUCUGGCCUUGGCUGAUCUUUGCUCAAAAUUGGAGUGCUGCAGGUCUAGUUUUCUUUCGUUGCAGGUCUUGAACCUAGUAAUUGAUGCCUUAACUCAUGAGGAUGCCAGGGUACGCACUGCAGCUUGCAUUUGCUUGAGAAGUGUUUCUCGCUCAAUCAAGAAUUUGAGUGCAGGUCGUUUUAUGAAUGAAAGGGUUGUUUUUCCUUUGGUUCGGCUUCUCUCUGAUCUUUCUACUUCUGUCCAGGUUGCAGCCCUUGGUGCCAUCAGCAAUAUAGUGGUUGACUUCUUGCCACAUAAAUCAAUAUUCGUACAAUGUGGGGGCGUUAAAGAGCUUGUGCAAUUGACCAAGUCAAUGGAUUCGUCCUUAAGAUUAAAUGCUGUAUGGGCAUUGAGGAACAUGGUAUUCCUUGCAGACACGAUAUGCAAAGAAGGAGUUUUUGUGGAGUUAACAGCAUCUUCAAUGGCUAGCCUUAUUUGUGAUCCUGAACCUUCUGUUCAAGAACAAGCUCUGGCCCUUGUUCGCAAUUUUGUUGAUGGAUGUCUGUACUCUGUUGAGCAUGCUUUUGCUGAAGAUGGUAUCAUACUGGAUGCUGUUGGAAGACAGUUACAAAAGUCUUCUAAAAUUGAAAUUGGGAUACAGGGGAUGUAUAUUCUCAGUAAUAUUGCAAGUGGCAAUGAGUUUCAUAAGGAAGCAGUUAUGCAGCUACUCUUCCCUCAAGACGAGAACGGGUCUCACUCUUUCUUUGAGCAGUUUUUGCAUAGUCCUGACAGUCGCUUACGCACAGCUGCAGUGUGGGUUGUAAUAAACCUCACUUUUCCUUCUAGUCCUGGUGCAUUUGGUCGGAUUGUAAAUCUACGUAGUUUUGGCAUUGUUUCUCGAAUAAAAAAGAUGGUCAAUGAUUCUUGCAUGGAUGUGAAGCUUCGAGCGAGACUUGCACUUGGACAGAUUAUUACUUUUGGUGAUAGUUAAGUGCAUUGAAGUCCACUUUACCAAGUCCUUUGGCCAAGAACAAAGUGGAUAAAAGGGAUGUUGAUAGAAUUUAUUUCUCAUAUGUUCUUUAUUAUACAAUGUAGUCUCCAGCCUUCUGCAUCAGCUUUCAAUAUGGUGUAUCAAUAUGCUUUAGUUUAUCUUUGAGUAAGCUCCUAAGUUGGUCUCCCAUAGACUCGUGUGACCUCAUAAGCUGUCCAAAGAUUUUUGUCCAGUGUAUUCCCUCAGAAGACCCAAAAUGUCACAUAAUAAAUUGGGAUACAUAAAAGAUUAAUUGGGGGACAGGUAUCUUUAGAGGACUAAUGUGGUAACACAUUUAAUCUUUUGAGAAAACCAGUGUAAGGGUUUGCUAUUUCUUCUAACCAGUCAGGGCAGUGUCAGAGCUUUGUGGUUCUGUAAGCACUCUUGGCCAGGUUACCCUCAAAAUCUCUUUUUUCUUUCUUGUGCACGAUAUGUAUUACUUUUUUUUGUAAAUCAGGUGAUCAUAGACUCAUAGUAGAUUUACAGGCUUUAGUGUUGUAAGAUAUGAGUAGUAAAUGGCAAUUAGAACCGAGUUCAAUUUAA